AAUAGGUGUUUAAUUUUUUUAUUAAAUUAGUCAUUUUUUAUCGACAUUCGACGUUUAUAUUUGUCAUAACCCAACUUGAGGACUGAUUUGUUGUCAAUGGCCCAGACUGCAACACUUGAAAGAAAAAAUAAAGCUCCUAUUAAAAUAUGAAUGAUGAGGGAGGAAAUUAACGAUUCUGAUGUUUUAGUGGCGACUCCUGAGACAACCAGAAUUAAAAGGAAUUUUUUGCUGGGGAUUAAACCUUCAAGAGGUUUGUAAAUCGUCCCCUUGUAUUUUUUAUUGAUAUAAAUGAGGCUGUGAGUAAUACGCGCUAACAUAUUUACGCAAUUGGCUAAAAUAAAUCCAACUGGCCCCAAUACGUUAGUAAGGACGUAAGAAAUAACCAAAAAACUUAUUGAAAAUAGCACCAUAAUGUAAUUGUACCUGAAAAAAAAACUAGAGUUAUUUCGUUUCCUGUAUUUUACUACUUACUUGUCUAAUUGUUUAUUAUUCAUUGUCGCAAAAACGUAGCCCUCUGUGACCCCAUUUAUUGCAAGUAAAACUAUUGCAAAACUGUGAAAACGUAACAACGUUACUGGCAAAGUGUUUUCAACUAAUUUUUUGCCCCCAUAGAGAUAAAGUAAAGUGUGACUAUAACUUUGGCCAAAAACAACAACAAUGAGGCCAAUACUUGUCACAAUAUUGCACAAGUGGCUUAAGACAUUUGCUGAUUCGGAAAUAUUUCUCUGAAAAUGAUUAAUUAGUUUCAUUUAAUAUUAAUUAAGUUACAAUUACUUGAUCUUGUUUGUCUACAGGUUCGUCUCGUUUAAUCAUUUGCGUAAAAUAAAAGUAUGCACUUUCUUCAAUUGGUCGAAAAAUAAAUCUCGCAGCUAAACUUCCUAGAUUAUUUACAAUAUCAUACAUUGAUUGUUGACUGAAAGUCAACACUGGGGAGACUGUCAUUACGUAACGUUCUCCUUCAGUUAAAAUCUGUUUGAUGAUUGAUUGUUUGGCAAAACUGAUUGUUAAAAGACACAAGUCUUGGUUUAGAAUUCUCUCGCUGUUUUUCAUAAUUCCGGGGAAAAACUCCAUUAUGGAAGAAAAUGGAAAGUCGUUCAUGUCCAUGAAAAGACUACUUUUAAGAGCGAUCCCUGCUUUGACUAGAUUCAACCGCGUUAUGUACCAAAAGAAAAACCCGUAAUAAGACAGACAUAAAAUUAUAGCUGACCCUAGCUGUGCUAUUGAAAAUGCAUUAAUAGCAUCAUUUGGGUGCUUCACAACUAUGAAAACAAAAAUGACCGUUCUAGAAACAAUAUAAAUUGUCUCAAGGACAACUUUUAAUUUGACAAAACAGUAACUUUGGGCCACAAGAACCACAUUUUGGGUCAUCUGCUCUAUUAUACAUGACAGAGCGAUGGAGUAACAGCCGAGUCUAUAUUGACUAAUAUAAAUAUCAUCAGUGGGGCUUAAGACAUUGAUCCAAAUGUAUACUAAAACCAAACUCAGGCAUGCCGUGAUAGGAACACUGUAAGUGUUGUAAUGAAUUCACGUUUUAUGUUAUGGGGCACUUACGAAAGCCAAAUUUGGUUUAUAACUUGCGCCCAAUUGUGUGAUUUGGUGUCUGUAAGACACGCUUUCAUUAGGGGCUCAUGUGACAAGAACAGAAUGGUUGAUUCGAGGAGAAGCAACCGGACAUUCAUUAUUCCAAGUACUUCCUGACCCACAGUUCGAAUUAUGAAUGCAUUUAAGACAAAAGUAAUACAUCGGAAGAGAAUCUGAAAAUUUGGGGUUAGGUAUAUAUAAGUUAAAAUUUCAAACUACUUGAAAAAUAAUGCUGAAUGAUGCAUUCUGGACACUACUUUUCAAUAUAUUUCGCCCCAUUUUGUAAUUUCUUCUUAUCGUGUUUACAUUUUUAGGUUAUGACAGAUGUGAGGUUAUGUUACAUAAUCAGUCAUGAUUUAAACCGUUUGAAUUUUAUAAAUAUUAGUAAUUUGUAAUAUUGAUGUUAUUAUAAAAAAAUUAGUAUGUUAUCACAUUAAAUAACUGGUUCAAAGGUUGUUAGGUGUUGUUUAAGUUUUGUUGUGAAUGAAAAUCUUUAAGAUAUUUAGACAAUGUUGAGUCAAGAAGAGAAAAACAUGUAUUUAUCAUCAUUGUUUGGUGGCGCAAUUGGGGGGUUAGUGGUUGAUGUCGUUUUAUUUCCUCUCGAUACAUUAAAAACACGUCUUCAGUCAGGCUUAGGUUUUAGAAAAUCGGGUGGAUUUUCAGGGAUUUACAAAGGUAUCGGCCCACAAGCUGUCGGGAGUGCCCCACAAGCGGCAUUUUUUUUCCUCACUUAUGAAAGUUUUAAAUAUUAUAUUGAGCCUCAAGUCGGGCCCCAUUCCUUGCCUUUAGUUUACAUGACUGGUGCUUCAAUUAGCGAAGUUAUUGCUUGUCUUAUUCGAGUCCCCAUGGAAGUCGUCAAGCAAAGGCGUCAAAUUACUACAAAUCACAAACACACAUCUUUGCGUAUUCUAAAACACGCAAUUAAAUCUGAAGGUAUCAUAAAUGGGUUGUAUAGAGGCUUUGGCUCAACGAUAAUUCGAGAGGUUCCAUUUUCGUUGAUUCAAUUUCCAGUACUUGAAUAUCUCAAAUCGACUUAUAGGAUAAAAUUCAAAAAUAAUAUUCCGUUAGAGUCUUGGGAGGUUGCGAAUUGUGGGGCUAUCGCUGGAGGGUUUGCAGCUGCCCUAACAACCCCUUUAGACGUAGCUAAAACUCGAAUUAUGUUAGCUGAUAAGAAAACAGCUGAGAAAAUGCGUGUCAGGACUGUAUUGAAACAGAUUUAUCGUGAACAAGGAAUCAAAGGGCUGUUUGCGGGAUUUGCACCACGAGUUUUGUGGAUAACACUUGGAGGUUACGUAUUUUUUGGAAUGUACGAUUUUUCAAAAAAUUUUUGCAAUGAUUAUUUGUUAGACUCAGAGUUUGAGAUAAAUAGGUGAUUUUCAGUUAAAUUGGUUUUAAAUCAGUUAAAUACUUUAAUUUUUUCUAAACAUUACCUACAUUUAAAUUAGCAACAAUUUACAUUUGUAUAAAGUAUCAAAAUAAAUACAGUAGUGGAUGGGUCCAACUGACACAAAUUACAUUAUAAAAAAUAUGUAAAUACUUUCCAAAUUUAUACAUUUAUAUUUUUAAUUGACUAAUCAACCGACACAUGCUAUGAAAGUCUUUUUUACGGCAUCCCUUGCAUAAGGUAUGUAUGACAAAGAGUACCAAGUCAUUGCUAAUGACUG